UCACACUUGACUUACCUAUCUGAUUCGUUGCCUUCUGUUUUGAGUUUGAGCAGCGAGUGACUCGAUUGCAAAUCAACUAAAAAUGGCGUCUCAAGAUGAACAAGACCCUCGGAUUUCCAAAAUUUCUUCAGCAAUUUGUGUCCGGGAAGUUCUACCACGAAUAAUGUUUCAGGACAAAACAACUUUGCUUCUAGAUAACAAGGCAUUUCGUGGUACUAUUGAUUUGUUUGUUGAGAGGUACAGAGGGAAAAAUAUCUCUAUUGUUGCUGGUGUAGAAGCAAGGGGAUUCAUUUUUGGUCCACGUAUUGCAUUGGCCAUUGGGGCAAAGUUUGUUCCUAUGAGGAAACCCAAUAAAUUGCCUGGGGAGGUUAUAUCGGAAGUGUAUUCUUUGGAGUAUGGAACAGAUAAAAUGGAAAUGCAUGUUGGUGUUGUCCAAGGAGGAGAACGUGCUUUAAUAAUAGAUGAUCUUAUUGCCACUAGUGGAACCUGGGGUGCUGCAAUUAGGCUACUAGAGCGCGUAGGGGGAGUGUGCUUGUGUUAUUGA